AUGCCACGACGUGGCGGGCCUAUAUCUAAGCGAUCGAUCCCUAAUGCUCGCCAUGUGGUGGUAGUCGCGAGCGGAAAGGGAGGCGUAGGCAAAAGCACGGUCAGUGUGAACUUAGCACUGGCUUUGGCAAAGUACGGGAGGGUCGGUCUACUGGAUCUCGAUAUUUUUGGACCUUCUAUUCCCAAACUCAUGGGCCUUGAAGGCCUUGGAGAACCAGAGCUCACAAAAAGUGGAAGCUUGGUACCUCUGAUUAACCAUGGGAUACCAUGCAUGUCCAUGGGAUUUUUGAUUCCUCAGAGUAAUGAUACUGCCAUAGUCUGGAGAGGUCUUAUGGUACAAAAGGCGGCACAGCAGCUGCUAUUUGAUGUCGACUGGAGAGGCCAUAAUGAAGCGGAGAAUGGUCUAGACGUAUUGGUCAUCGAUAUGCCUCCCGGCACUGGAGAUAUCGCACUCACACUUGGACAACUAGUGCAAGUCUCAGGAGCUGUUGUUGUAUCGACCCCCCAGGAUGUCUCCUUAAUUGAUGUCAAGAAAGGAGUCGCCAUGUUCCGAAAAGUCUCGGUACCUAUAUUAGGAACCAUAUUAAAUAUGGCACACUACACUUGCUAUAAAUGCCAGCCCCCGCACAAACAUUAUUUGUUUGGGUCUCCAGACUCGUUCAUUAAGACGACGUCUGAGAUGGAGGCUCCGACUCCCACUCGCCCGUUAAAAGGGCUACUCGCAGUUCCUGCUCAGCCUACGGUUGGGCCACGACCCAAGAGUCUGCCACAGCGCUUUUCGAUACAUCAUGCCCGACGCCCCUCUACCUCCUCGCCUCUUGCGUCGUCUCAAAUUCAGGCAGAAUCUCCGAGAACACCCGUAAAUAGCCAUUCAGGCGCACCUUUUGAAGGACGCGAACAGGCUGCCGAGAGCACAUUCUACAAACGGCUAAGGAUUGACGUUAGUGAGCCCGUUGGAAAUAUGUCAAUAAGUCCUGCGAAUCGAGAUGUUUGUUUGGCAGCACGAAAAGGCCUGUUUAUUAUUGACCUCGAGAAUCCAUACGAAACCCCUCGUUUCAUCCCCCAAGGAGGAACUUGGGAGGUUGCGGAUGUACAAUGGAAUCCGCAUCCUGCUCGCUCCAAUCUCAUUUGCUCGACAUCCAGCCAAAAACUUCUCAUUUGGGACUUGAAUAUGCCUGGGCAAAAUGCCAUAAUGCGAAGACUGCAUGCCCACUAUCGCGCAAUCACCGACAUUAACUGGCACAGUUUCACUCCAGAUGUUCUAUCCAGCUGUGGUAUUGACUCGUGGAUCUGGACAUGGGAUUUGCGUACGAAAAAGCGACCAGUUUUUGGGCUAUGCGCUUGGAACGCCUCGGCCACCCAAGUAAAAUGGAAUCGACAAGACCCUCAUUUGUUAGCGUCUGCACACGACACUUCGCUCUUAAUUUGGGAUGACCGAUAUGGUUCCGUGCCUCUGGCUACUAUUCAAGCCCAUGACUCUCGUAUUUAUGGAAUAGACUGGUCCCGAAAAGAGCGAGGCGCCAUUAUCAGCUGCUCCUUGGACCGAAAAAUCAAAAUGUGGAAUGUGAACUGGAGUUCAGAGGAGCUGCCAUGCAAUGGAACUUCAAAAUUCACUCCACAGAACGAGAUCGAUACACCGUAUCCAGUUUGGCGUGCUAGGAAUCUUCCUUUUGGAGAUGGAGUUUUGGCCUUACCCCAAAGAGGAGCGUUCCACUUGGAGAUGUUUGCAUGGGAUGCAGCGUCGGAUAAUUCAGCAGUCACGCGAGGUGCAAAAUUGAUCACCAGUUUCGAGGGACACAGAGAUGUUGUAAAGGAGUAUGUUUGGCGAGGAUCAGGAGGGUUGGACCCAUCCUUUGAUGACCGAGAGUUCCAGCUUGUGACCUGGUCAAAAGAUAAUACGCUCCGGCUCUGGCCGGUUGACCAGCAACUUAUGCAGGAAUGUGGCCAUGUACCAGGUUCCCCCAUUCAGGUUCUGAUGCCUCGUAGAGGUGCAAUCAACGAGACCUAUCAAGUAAUUCCAAGCACUGUCCCAGCAACUCCGGCAACUCCGUCUCUGACUGCGCCCUUCACUCAUCGCAGCGUCUUGGCCAAUAUCAAAACUACUCAGCUUGGCCACCUUCCUGUUCGCCAGAAUGGGCGUAAAAAGAAGAAUCCUGGCUUCAUGACUCGUGGGGCUCGAGUCAACGGUAUGGAUCCGGUGACUUGGAUGUCGAGCGUCAAGGUGGAACGAGAAAUUGAUAGCGGGCAAAAUUCGAUGUUCGGAAGCCGAGCUACCAGUAUUGAACGGACCAGUCAGGCCGCCGGACUGGCGCGCAGGCGGUCUGAUAGGAGCUUGAGCAGGAGCAUGGAUAUUGAAGCUGAGGGAGAAGGAGAUGCGGAAGAUUUGGCUGACGAGAUAACAUCCGUGAGCAAAGCUCUUGGUAAUAAAGUCAAGUUUGUGAAGACCGAUAUCUCGAAGAAGCGAGUUUGUACGGUCACAUUAAAUGGACCGUGGGGAGAGACGCAAUCAGUCUUCAUUCGCAUCACUUUCCAUUUCCCUCCCGAGUACCCAAAAUCCCGCGCUCGCUCUGCGAUGCCAACUAUCGACCUGGAGAAGAAUCCCGAGAUAGCCCUCAAAGAGCGCGCAUACAUCCUACGAAAUUUGCGCAAAAUCAGGUUGCAUACUCGGCCCUGCCUAGAGGCAUGCCUGAGAUUUUUGCUUGGGGUACCAGACAUAUAUGGCCGAAUGUACGGUGGAGGUGUUGAUACAGACUCGGACUCGGAGGGAGAGCAGAGGCAAUCUCGAUCAGGCAUAGUUUCGCACUUGAGCAACCAUGCAGACAAUGUCCCGAUGCCGCGAAGGUGCCAGGGCGUUUUUGGGCCCAAUGGUGAACUUGUGUGUUUCUUCCCCGCAGCACCAGUAAUCAUUCGAGAUGGUAGAACUCCAUCUCCUUCAACCACUUCUCGUACUGGAACAGGAACCGGAACUGGAAGUGCUAGCCGCAUACGCCCGUUCGCUCCGUCCGCAAUCGUCUCACACGCGUUGCGAGGAUUAUCCCAGCUGGCAGUUGAUAAACCAACAAUCUCUACCAAUCACUCCAAAGCCAGGGAUGCGGCUGGUAUUCUCCGUUUCUCUGAUCAUCUAUUUGCUCGGACGUCUAUGUCGCGGCCCCGGCAUUCUGAUUCCGUCAACUCGUGGAAUUCAACCAAUAAACCUGCGCAGAAGUAUGUGAUCCUCGAAAAGAAUCCCGCGGCACUGUGCAGAGCCAAUGCAAGCGUGGCACGAGAGCAUUCUCGGCACGAUCAUGAGCGUAUCUGGAAAACGUUGGCCACUAAUGCUGCGCUGCGGACGUUCGAUGAGAAGAAACAAGUGUCGAUUGAGGACGCAUACAAGAGUGUUCAGUGGGGAUACAAUCCUCUCGCGAAACAGAUUGUAAAACAGAUAUAUGCAGAUGUGGCCGAGCAGAAGGAUCUUCAGAUGCUUGCUAUGAUUUCAAUCGUUCUUUUAUCCGCUGAUAUCGCCGCUGGACCGAAAGUACGGCCGCUCCGGAAAGAUCUGAAUAGCGCAGCGCCAGUUCGGAUAUCCAUUGAUUAUUUCAGUCUUAGGAAGCGAGCACCUCGGAUGACUCCCACGGAUUCUCCAACAUGGCCAAAGAGCGCCUCAGUCGCGAAUAUAUCCCCAGCUAGUCACUCACUUUCUUCCUCUGGAAACUCAAAAAACUCAUGGCAGAGCUACAUCAAUAAUCGAUUCCGACUUGGCUCGAUGCCUGACAUUCAGGCAGCUGUUAGCGCCGCAUCCAAGGGGGAUAGUCCUGGUAGUUCAAGAGCAGGAAGUGCUGGGAUGAGGCUGCUAAAUGUUGUAGCCUCGAUUCCCGUGCCGGGCGGCGGACGUUUGACUGGUCAAGCCUCGCAACCCCCACCGGCCAAUACCAACGACUCGGCUCGUAGGAGGCAGUCUAUGAUGAGCACUGCGACAUUGGACUCUUCCACAUCUGGGAGAGCACCAUCAGAUUUAUCUUCCGGCCGAUUAAGUGUACACUUCAACCAUACACCCCACCGACGAUCCUCCAUGGUUACUCGUACGCCGGUUGCGAAGCCUGUCUACAGCUCCAAGGCGGUGGCGGUUGGGUAUCGACCUACGGAACAUGACGAAGAGGAUUUGCCAACGAUGGUCCCAUUCAUUGAGUCUGAUGCGGUGGCGCGGCAUCAUAGGCACAUCAUGGCAUAUGCAGAGUUACUCGCACAGUGGGGACUUAACUACAAGAGCACCGAAGUACGCAAGAGUAUCCCCAACUUACAAAAGAGCAAGGUCGAGGCCACGGUGGAAUUGCGAGAUGCAGGCAAGAUACUGGCCGUCGAGAGGUCAUGCAUCACCUGCGCGUCGACAUCCGAUGGGUUGAAACCGUUUGGAACCUGCUUCCUGCAAGAGGCACUGAGCAAACUAUUCGCCAUGGGCUAUAACGAUGGACAAUGGCGCGAGGGGAAUGGGUGGCGGGAUGACAAAGGAGGUAGAGGCAAGUGGCGAGACGAUGUCCCCGAGAGAUGGGACAACCACGGCGAUAGCAAGCGACGACGCACAGACCAUCAUGAUGCCAGGGAUGACAGAGCACAUGCGCACGGAGGGGAUUCCAACCAGGGCUGGGACCACGGCGGGUACUAUGAAGAUUACAGCGGCGAAGAAUACCCCCGAGACGAUGGCGCUUACGACCGCGGUAAGCGCGAUCGGGGUCGGAUGGUUCCGAGCGAACUCAGUGCGCACGUCAUUUUUCUUGGGCUCGAUCAGGAAUUCAACGAGGCCGAUCUCACUGCAUUCCUCGCUACUCAUCAUGCGUACCCGACCAGUGUGACUAUCAUCCGGGACAGAAACACUGGUCUCUCAAAAUCGUUCGGCUUUGCCGAAUUUACGUCCCCCGAGGCCGCAAGGGUAUUCGUUGAACCCAAUUUUCCAUUCGUUUAUGUUCCCCCGAAAGCAUCUCAGCUCGCUCAAGGCUACUCGGAGGACGCUGGUCGGCGUGUCAAGAUUGACUAUUCUCAGAGCGCUCAGCCACGUGGGCCGGCUGGGAAUCGGAUGCACAACGAUGGGACCAGGGAUAUUGGCAACACUCAAGCGCCCGUCGUGUUGCUCAGAGGAGUAGACUUCCAAGCGACGGUUGGUGAAAUUGCUGAGGCGGUCAGGGAAUCUACCGGUCCCAAAUGCGACGGACUCAAAGGCGCUCGUAAGGUCAUGCUUAUUCGCGAUAAACAGACCAAGGCGAGUUUGGGCUUCGCAUUCGUCGAGUAUGUUAGCAAUACUGCCGCUUCUCGACUCCUGGCUGCAACUAUGUCUGCCGAACUUCAUCCGUCAGGAUUCAGGAUCGGUUCUAGGGCAAUUGCGGCCUCUUUUGCGCAUCCUUCGUCAUUCCAACCUCUGGACAACCGACCGCCGGACGAAUACAGCCUCGUUUGCACACAAGCUGUUGGCGGAUCAGAGACUGGUUGGUGCUCAUACUGGGACCAGACCGCAUUCGCCGAAGCACAAGAAUUCCAAGUCGACCAGGAGACGAUUGCCGCUUUGACCGCCCCCGCUGCGCCAGAGGCGGAGAAGAAAAAAGAGAAGAAAAAAGAAAAGACAAAAAACUCUGCUCAAAAGCUUGCCGAAUCUACUGGGCUAACUGUCAUAUCUGACCUUGGAGAUGCUUCCGCUCCUUCGGCGGUGCCACAACUCUCCAAGCCUUUAUCACUCAGCCUAAAUAAGGCCGGAGAAGGCGACAAAAAGGUCGUGAUUGGUCUGCAAAAACCCAACAACCCUGGGGUAUUUGGGCACGACGACGCCCCCGUUGACGAAGAAUCGGGCCCAGAUCCCUCAAAACCCAAAGUCACGAUAUGGAAAGCCAACCCACUCAUGCAAGGCAAAAAGGUCUUUGGAAACAUUAACAAAUGGAACAACGCCCAAGGGGAACUCAGUGGGAAGAAGCAACAUGAAUCACCUGCGGUGGUAGCUGCUGCAGCCCCAGCGCCUUCAAACUUGGACACUAUUCCUUCUAAGCCUGCUGAGGCCAGUGCCCCUGUGGCAGAAGAGCUCCCAUACGGAGAUUCUAAUGCUAUGACGUGCUUGCUUUGCUCCAGGCAAUUCAAGACGAUCGAGAUGUUGAAGAGGCACAGUAACGAGUCAGAGUUACACAAGACGAACCUAGGCAAACCCGAACUUGUCGAGUCUGCCAAGGCCAAAGUCGAAGCAGCACGCCAAGCGCAAGCAUCCACCAGUGGCGCGGACAAACCCAAAUAUCGAGACCGUGCGGCCGAACGACGGGUGGCACUUCGACAACCCGACCAUCCCAUUCCUGAAGCAAGUCAGACUGAUAAGAAGCGUAAAUGGGCAGAGGGCCCACCUCCCCCUGCCCCUCCUCCAGCACCUCCUGUACAACCUGGAAAGGAUGAUAACAAUGUUGGAAACAAGUUACUGAAGAAAAUGGGCUGGAGCGAGGGCGUUGGGUUGGGGGCUGGUGGUGAUGGGCGAGUUAAUCCCAUCGAAACUGCGAUUUACGAACAAGGUGUGGGUAUUGGCGCUAGCAAAGCCAAGGAGGUCACCAACUUCCAAGGAUACAGGGAGAUGGCGAAAGAUUCGGCUCGUGAGAGAUACAAUGCCACCCAAUGA